UGCUGGAACAUGCUUGCCAUUCUUAUUUGCUUCGGAACGAAGCUGAUGUAUUGACAUAGAUUGUCUCUGAUUGACAUUCACAUUGCCAGGUGGCUGAUGGAGCAAGUGGUUCUCAUGAACUAGUGAAGGUGUCGCAACAGCAUUUGUCUAGAUGUUCGGAGUGUGAAUAUAAUUUUUGUGAGCUAUGUAUACCGAUGCGAGCUCUUAUUUAGUCGAAUUUAGGAGGUACAAAUCGCGGAAAGCUUACCCUUGCUGUUCGAGGGUCCCCACAAAAGGAGAAAGAAUACCAGUCGAUAAUCCUAUCUCUUGUUUUUUGCUGGCCGCUCGUCCCGACGCCGGAGCUAUAUGGGCCAAUGUGUGUCAUGUAAGGCCGGCAAGCACGCUCGCUUCUACACCACCUCGUCGAGGUCGGGUUCCCGCAGGGCACUCACCAAGAUGGAGGCCACCCUGCACCAGAAUGAAGUGGGUAACGGCUGCACCAAGCGACCGGCGUACACGAGGGGCCAGGCGACGCUGUUCGGCUUCAAGCGGCGCCCCGUGUCCGCGUCGCCGGCCUUCGUCACGCCGCCUUCCUCGGGGGCGACUUCCCCAGACGGCGGCGACGCCGUGACGGGCCCCGACGACCCCCGCCGCCAGCCGCAGCCGCAGACGCCCCGGCCGUCGCGCGCCAACAAGCGUCCCGGCGCCGCCAGCCGCUUCGGGUUCCGCGCGCCGUCCGCGCCGCCAGCCACCAACAAGGUGGGCGAUGUCGUCUUCGUCGGCGGCGGCGGCGCGCCGCCCCCGGCCGAGUCGCGGGGCAUGAAGGACAACAAGGGCGCCGCCCCUCCGACCAGGUUCACGCUGCACACGAGCCAGCUGCCGCGGCCGCAGUACCCGGUGCGCCUGAGCUCCGCGGACCACUGCGCCAGCAGCAAGGGCGCCAAGACGGCGGCCAACAACACGCGCAAGGAGCACGACGAGGCGCCCCUCUCGUCCAAGGAGGGCUCGCCGACGGGCGACUCGGGGCUGGGCAGCGCCGAGGCUGGCAGCGGCGGCGGCGGCGGCGACGGCGACUCGGACACGCUGCACAACCUGGAGCUGCUCGACGGCAGCCCGGACCUCGGCGGCCGCCGGCGGCGGGCGGCUCCGCGCCGCCUGCUCGGCACCGUCGUCUCGGGCCAGUUCUUCGACGUGCGCGACCUCAAGGACGACGGGGAGGCGUCCGAGGACCCGAACGUGAUCACGGAGAUCUCGCUCAUCUCGAUCCCGGGCACGCGCGUCAACCAGCAGCGCACGGGCAUCGUGCGCGAGAGGUCGCAGAGGCUGCAGCAGCAGCUGCGGCUGAGGGGGAGGAGCUCCUCGGACGAGGGCCGCGACGAAGAGGACGAGGACGACGAGGAGAAGGCGAACCGGGACCGCUCGAGCAGCGAGAAGGUGCGCAGCCCGCCCGCCGGCGCCGAGGAGGAGCUGUGGGGCCACGGCGAGGCCAUGGCGGAGGGAUACACCAGCUCCGGGGACGAGAGUCCCUACAGCGUCACCUCCUCCAGCGACCAGCCGCCGCCCAGACCCGUGCUGCUCACCAUCGAGGACUGCCGCUUCGCCGCCAUCGCGGCCACGGCGCCCCAGGCGCUGCUCGAGGACGAGAAGUCCCCUGUGGACAGCGUGUUCAGCAGCAGCCCGCCCACCAGCUCCGCGGAGGACUCGGUCCACGCCGGGGCCCCCGCCGUGCCUGCGGCGCUCAGCCCCGAGUCCCCGGGUACGCCGACCAACGCGUCCAACUCCUUGUCUCUGUCCGAGGGCAGGGACUUCCUCAUCGACGACGAGAUCGCCGACCAGCCGGGGCUGACCUUCGGCGAGGGCGGCGGGGGGAACACCUCCUCCGGAGCGGGCGGCUGCAGCAGCCAGAUGGCGUCCGUCGUGGACAGCAGCCUCACGCUCGUCGACUCCUCUCCGAGGCCAGUGAGGAAGCUGGAUGCUUGGGUGGGCGACGGCAGCCCCGCCAGGGGGCGACGUGUGGCGCGGGUGGGCUCCCCGGACACCCUGUCCCCGUGCGAGAGCCUCGCGUCGGACGACCUCAUGAUGGACUUCGACGGCAGCCAGGCCAGUCUGCUGGACGGCACAGUGGACAGCCAAGCUGAUGUGUCGAGCGGACCCAUAGACAUCCUGGACGAGGAGACUCUCAUGUCGGAGAUCGACGCAAAGAGCGACUUGUCGGCGUGGGAGUGGUCCAGUCCCCUCGGUGCCCAGAAAGGGCUGCCCACGUCUCGUCCCAGCAUCCUGCGCUCCAGACCGGGCAGCACCCCGGACUCCCCGCGGUCCCUGGACUCUGCCUCCAGGCCCGUGCGCAGUCCCCUCAGGCUGCCCAGGCAGUUGAACGGCCCCAGCGAUGCAGACGAUAGCUCGGUUCGUCUAGACCGGGGGACAUACCAGUACAUGUUCCAGGAUAUUGUCAGCAUCAAGACUAUGCUCUUGAAGCUGAACAGGAUCUUGCAGGAGAACGAAGAGAGCGGUUUGACGAGGGCAGACACUCUCAACCCAUUCGACACAUCUUUGAAGAAUGGUCUCUUCUACUCCGCGGAGGAGGCGGGCGGGGAGGACGGCGGGGCGGGGGCGACGCCGCCCGCGGGGGAGGAGGUGGCGGACCUGCGUCGCCAGGUGGUGCUGCUGCAGUCGCAGCUGGAGGACAAGGAGCGCACCAUCAAGCAGCUGCAGCUGCAGGUGAUGCAGAGCUCCGACCCGGGCGCCGCCGACACCUGCAACGCCGCCACCCAGACGGAGCGGAUGCGACCUGUGUCUGCAGGACCAUCGCUCCUACACUCCCUGCCUUCCGAGGGAAAUGCUGGGCCACUAGUCAGUUCGAGUGACAAGUGGCGUCAGCGCCCGGCGGUCCCUGAGGCGUCGGACUGCCCGCCCGCCAGCCGGCUGCCGACCCUCAGCCGCGCCGCCCCCUGCAACAAGCGGGGCAGCGCGCCCAGUAGCGCGCCCGCCCCCCCGGAGCAGUCCCGCCCCCCGGCCAGGAAGCUCAGCUCGUCCUCGCUGCUGCGCAAGAUGGCCGUGUCUUGACGACCCCCUCCCGUGAUCGUGGGACGUGCUUCGUCGCGGGGGCCGUCUUUUUUUUUUUUCUUUACGUGCGGCGGUAGUUGCCGAGGUGGUGAUUCCGUUGCAGAAGAAGCACCGGAAUGUAAGGAACAUCUGCAAUUCAUUUACAACCUUAAGUCUUUCCCGCUUUUGUAGCGUAUCGGUACGUUUCGGCAGCGUUGCUUGUGCCGCAAAGAUGAGUAGUAAUUCCUGUCUAGUCCACUUAAACUUCGUCCGAAAUUGUCCAGCGGUUGGUGUGUUGUUUUUUUUUAACUUCGUUUCGAGUUGGAGGUUUGGCUGAAUGUGUUUUAUCGGAGCUGGUUGAAAUUUUUUCAAUGGCAGUUGGUUUGAUAUUAUUCUAUGUAUGUUCGUAUGUGAGAGUGUACCUUUCAAAAUUUCUGAUUCUUGUAGCUGUUGUGUGUGCAAUUUAAUUUUUUUUUUUUGCAUCUUAAAAUUUAUUAACUAAGCAAAGAAUGUGCAAUGGGCUAUUAUGAUUAUGCAAAUUGUAUAUAAUAAAUUUUACUGUGCAAUGUAGUGUUUAUUCUAUUUAUAGUAAUAAUUGGGCAUUGUGUGUUAUGACAACUGUUAUUGACGGUCUGAAAGUUUAGGAAAGAAAACGCACAGUUAUGAGGAAGAAGAAACAAUAAUAUUGUGUGCAACAUCAACAGUGAUAUUAAAGAACUUGAAUGUAUAAGUAUUACAAGGAUUUAGUUCCAUGUUGUUGUAAAUAGUUGUAAGAGGCUAAUCGUAAUUUUUUCAAAGUUUUAUCAGCAGUUACAGUCUGAAGGAGAAAAUUUCAAACAGAAUUUUCUCAAAUACCUAUUUACUUGCAUGAACAGCUUUCGUUUAUAUUAUAUUUUUCUUUGACUAGUAUCACUUUCAUAUUUUUACUUGGUCUUUCUGCAUGAACAUAAGAAAAAUGUCUUGAUGGGAUUUAAGGCAGCAGGUAUUUUGUAGCAUUUAAAUUCCGUUGUUCGCUAUAGUAAUUCAAGAAAGGAGUUUUAGUGGUUGGAAUUGUUCGUUACAUUUUGCUCAGUCUUUAUUAAACUUAAUUUAAACGGAAUGAAAACAAGCCACUAGUGUAAAAAUUUCAGUUUUAUUAGAACACAUCACCAUGAUAAGCAAUUUUGAGUGCAGUAAUUUAAUUGCAUUACUUAUUAAGUUAGCUUGCUUAAAUUCAUGCUCAUUUUGCACACACAGUAUUUUGAGGUAACUUAUCAGCCUGUUUAUAAAAACAGCUAUAUUUGUUGUGGGAGAUUAUUUGUAGAGUUUUGCUUACCUGCGAGGCAAUAUUGACAUUUUCAGUAUAAUAUGAGGAAUUAUUUGUUCUACUGAUGGUCUGUAAUGUCAUUUUUUCUUCAACCAUGCCUUGAUUUGUAAUAUUUAAUCCAUCUAGUAAACCUUUAGUUUAGAUUAAAUAUAUAUAUGCCUAUUCACUAUUUUUGUAUUCUUCAAACAGAACUGUUGCAUUUAUAUUAGUCCCAAAAUUUUUUAUUAUUCAUAAACUCUCUAAAUUCUUGCUUGUUGCUUUUAAACCAUAGUUUUUGAAUGCAUGCAGCAUGUUGUUACAUGUACACUGUACCUGAAAUUGUUUUAUUUUGACAUAUGCAUUUUGUAGACUGCAAUAUAGCAUCAUUCAACAGUGUUUUUAUUAAAUCUUUAUCAAAAGCAGUGUUUGUUACUCGUUAAUUUAAUUCCAUCUGUACUACAAAAUAAUAUAAUAAAAAUAUAAAUGUAAUCUAUACAUAUAUAUCAUCUGAGCAUGGUAUCAUUAACAAAAUAUCAGCUGUAAUAAAUAAUUUUUUUUUUAUACAUGAUUCCAUUAAAUAGGAAUAAAGUACUCUACUAGCAUUUACACAGGCUUACAUUUUUUUUUUGUGGUAUUCUACUUGACCUGCACGGCUAUUAUGUCUUUCAGACUAGACACUUUGCUGAAAGUUCGAGGUUCUAUUUUCAGGCAAGUUGCAAGGGUCUUUGACACUGAUAUAUCAUACUACCCUCCCAGGCUCAAUGAGUGUAGUGUAGUGUAGUGUAGUGUAAGUGUUCCUUCAUCUCCAUGUUGCGGAAGGCAGUGGUGACCCAUCGCACAAUCACCUUGCUGAUACAGCCUCGUGCAAGUUUUAUUUUCCUUCCCUUUGUCAGAGAGAGCACUUAGUAAUUUUAAUGGAGCUGUCUAAUUUAGAAUGCAAAGUGUAAAUAAGACGCAUGUCAUUUUAAACAAAAAAAUUUUAACUUGCGAUUUUUUAGUUUUAUGGAAUGAUCAACAGGACGAGUAGAGAAUUUUACUAAUGUCAUAGGGUAAUAAGAUUAUUAAUAACUGGUUGUGAACUUCCAGCGCCGCCAUGUGAAUGGGCAUGUGGACGUGGCUAACGGCUUCAUCCCGUGGUCCGCUGUAGUAUGGCCCGUGUGAGAGCUAGGCUUGAUUCCCCCUUAUGCCUAUGCCAUAGUACUACUAGGCCAUGGUCAAAGUGGGCUCUCUACGCGUCCCACACGCCCCGGUCCCAAGGUGGGGAGCACACGUGAAUGAAAAACAAAGUGCGUGCAAAUCUCUGGUAAAGGUUUUAAUUCACAAGUUGUUACUCGUGGUGACAGUUAGCACAGACUUUAAACGUAAUGAAACUGUGAAACAUGCCGACUGCAAUUCCUUCAGCUUGCGUGCAGACCAGGGCACCUUGUGACCUGAUCUAUAGUAUGAGUUGCAUUUUAAAAUUUCCUUGAAGAUACUUUAAUUACUUAGCGAAACAGUCUACCACGCCGAGUAUGCCUCGAAGAUGAAGAAAAAGGUUUCAUAAUUAGGUGCGGGGGAUGCUGAAGGCUCAGUUAAUACAUUCUGUAAGUCGACAAGGUGCUGAGCGCAUCUUGCUCCGAGCAGCGGUGGAGAGAGGCUGGGUUGUGGUCCUUGUGUCAUGGCGGCAGGAAGCAGGGGUGUUACGUCAGGUCAUUAAGAAUUACGUUACAAAAAAAGACAACGUAGUGCAACCCUUCGCGUGCUUAUUACUAAUUGACAAUUGUUACGUAUUAUUUUUAUUUAUAAUUUCACAUUAUUUAAGUUUGAAUGUAAACUGCCUGCAUGAGGGUGCAUUCUGUAAGUGAUCCGUCCUUGUGACAUCUGAAAACAUAAACUCUUGGAGGGUAUUGAAACAGUGACUAUAUAAAAAUGACAAUUAAUGGAGUUAAGUAAUUAGGAGGGUACGUGGCACUGUCUAUAAGUGUGACACUCACGAGGGUGGACUCACACAUGCACACGUUGGCAGGUGAUUUGAGCAGAGGAUGUAGGUGGGGGGAGAAGGGGUUUGCAAGGGGCGAGGCACAUCGGGCUUAGGGAGGGCUUAGCCCUGGUCGAUGUCAGUACACGUCAAGAAACCACAUCAGGAACAGGAAUGGUGGAGCGCCCCUCAUUGCUACUGGCUAGAACCAACGGAUGGAAAUAAUUAAAAACACUUGAAGGGGCUUUUUAUUUCAUUAAAUUUUAGAUUAGUAUGCAAUUCACAAAAUUUUAUGUUGGCAUUUAAUAAAAGUAAAUGGUAUGUAUGUCCUCAUUUUUUUUCACCUAUUAGAUUUUAUUUAUGACUAAAAAUAUUAUUGAGAAAAUUGAAGAAAACUUUAUCAAACUCAAACCAUAGUUUAUACACAAACAAGUAGUAGGUAUGUCAUGACUUAAACCUUACAAUUUAGGUGAGUUAGUUGCAGAGAAUCUACAUUUUGAAUACGUACCAUAUUGGUUAACGAGGAUAUAUAUGUUCAUUUGUUAGUGCUCAGUAUUUAUUUAUUCCUUCAUUCAAAAACUUGUACUUAAGAAGAUUGAUUUCAUAGUAAUGGGCAUUAAACAUCAUUAAACAUAAGAUGUGGUCGCACAUCAGGAGCUAAGGCUCACAUGUAGUAUGUAUAUGCAGUCUUGCGUCCUGUGGUUCUUCAUCCAAGUAGAAAUACGUGCAUAUUUACUGUGGUACAGUGUUUCUAUCAACUUUGUGGCAUCUGUACUUACAUGUGUAUUUUAUCAUGAUCCCUUAGAAAAUCUGAAGUGUCAAGUGUGCAAAGCACUUGAAUGACCAAAAUAAGAGAUUUAUCAUUAACAUAUUACAUGUUCUAAUAAAAUGUUACUUUACAAUGAUAUAUGUAUUGUAUGACAGAGCAUUGCAUUGGUUACUCAUUGCUAGCACUAGGAUUUUGGACAUGGUUACAUGAUCCAUCAAGAAACUUAAAAAUUUACACCAGUAAUUAAGGCAUGUGUAACUCAUGUACAACCUUAAAUGUUACCUUAAAUACUCCGUAACACUACUAUUCCUUGUUUAUGUACUUAGUUUCAUACACAGUGUUAUUCUUUUAAAGAAAAUUAAUCUUUUGCAUGUCAGAAUAAACUUGUUUGGUUGUCGUUUUGCCUGUUCUUAGCUUAAUGUGCUCGAUGGUAAUAAUUUUUUUUCUUCCUUCCCAUGCAGGUUUUUUUAAGGUGGUUUCAGGCAUGAAUUGACAUUUGAUAAUGGCUCUCAAUGUAUCACUGAGUAAUACAUACACUCUAUGCAUGAGGAAAGCCGUAUGUGCCCCUAUCUGUAGUGGUGCAGGGAUAAACUUAUAUCAGGCCAGCGUGAAGCUACAAACGAUUUGGGGUGGGAUAAUUCAGUUUUCACAUUGUGAUGUUUCUUCUAGGAAUUUCCAUGAAAAUUAUUAAAUAUAAUUACGCUUACAUAAAGUAUAGAUGCAACUUUAUUUUACCUCAAUUUCCAUUGAAAAUGAAUUCUGCAAACUUUGUUCAAGACAUACUUCUUUCACAAUGAUACUCCUGUCCUACAUUCAUAGAUCGGGGAAUGAUGCAUGUUUGGUGCACCCAAGGAUUCUGGUUGGCCACAAUGAGACUUAAAUUGAUUUGAACCCUAGAGCAUGUUAAAUAUAUAUUUUGGAUUUUAUUUUUUUAAUUUUAAAGCUUUAUUUUUAUUUUGUUAUAAUUGCAUGAGCAUGUCAGUAGUUAAUGACACAAUAAAUAGCUUUUGUAUGAGAGUGAGUAGUUAUAAAGGUGGUAAAUUUGACUUAAAAAUAGGUUUUCAGCAAUUCUGGAUGCUGUGUGUAUGAGUAUCAUUAAUUAAGGCUAAAAGACUGUUCUUAACUCAUAUUGGUUUGGGUGUAAUGCAUUGAAUCUUCCUUGGUACUUACUAAGAACAUUGCAAUUUUGUAUAACCUUAAAGUUUGACUUGAUUGCAACUACAGCUCAUUUUAUUAAUUACAACAUUUCAUAAUGCAAAAUAGCUGUAGGCUGUGUUCAUAAAAAGCUAUAUUAAUACAAGUUGUUAAUAAACUGCUAAUGCUUCUGGUAUUAAGGUCAAGGGAUUUUUUCUUGUAAUGAAAAAAAUUUAAAUAUAGUAGUUAACUAUUUAACUACAUCAGUUCUGUAAGGAAAAUAAUCUUGUCAAUUAUUUUUCUUUCUGAAUUAAAAUUUGUGUUGGUGUUCCUAAAUUAUAUUCCAUUUAAAUGACCGUUAUUAACUGCAUUAUGCUAAACAUAUGUGAUGGAAAGUUUUGACAUGUCUAUACAUUCCAGUAUGCUUUACCCUUUUGUAUGUUCAAGAAUCAACAGUAUUUUCAUAAAAGUAUUUUAGUUAGUGAGUUCCUUAAACGAACCUGUAAAUUAAUGUUGUGUUCUCUUAUGGAGCUGUGUAUCAGACUGUACAGCUUGUCAUAGCCAAAAUGUAUUGUAGCUGUAUGCUCAUGUACAAAACAAACUUAAAUAAACUCAAGUUUGUGCAUA